UCUCUCUCUCAUCAACUCUCCUUUUCCCCCCUCUCUCUCCCUGUCUAUUCUUUUUUCACUAAAACAGAGCAACUCGUCAUUUCUUCAACAUCUCUGUGUACACUGCGUUCAGUUUGUUGAAAUUUUCGCAAAAAUACAGACCUACUAGUCGGAGUUCUUUGUUGAAAUUAAAGAAAAAAAACAGAGCAACUUUGUUGAAGUAGUUACAAAAACAGAGCAACACAAAAAAGGGGCAUUUUCAUACAUGAUAAUAAUGUCUACAGAGCAACCAAAUUGUUCAGAAAGUACUGAAUCUAGCUGCAACUCUUCUUCUUCUUCGUCGCCCUCAUCGCCAUCUUUUGUUCUUCUUCAACCACUUCCGCAAAUCAAUUCGAAAAAUCGACUCAAAAGAUGUAGGGGAGAAGAAGUUGAAGAACAAAACGAAGUCGUUAAUAAUGCAAAUCCGAAGAAGAUCAGUAAAAACAACAAUGGUGGUAGUACUGAUGUUUCGUAUGUAGGUGUACGAAUGAGAGCAUGGGGUAAAUGGGUAUCCGAAAUCCGUGAACCUAAAAAGAAAUCACGGAUUUGGUUGGGUACCUUUGCUACCCCGGAAAUGGCGGCGCGUGCUCACGACGUCGCCGCCAUGUCCAUUAAAGGUUCCUCAGCUAUACUCAAUUUUCCCCAAUUUUCUCAUUUAUUGCCUCGACCCGCCACGUGCUCCCCACGUGACGUCCAAUCCGCCGCCGUAAAAGCCGCUCACAUGGAUCACCUAAACCCAAAAUACUCUUCGUUGCCCGAAACCCCGCCGGCAUCGAUGACGUCAUCGUCAUCGUCGCUGUCGUUGGUUUCAGGCAUUACGUCCUCCUCGUCGUCCUGUGAAAAGGACGACGAGGAGUCAAGACCGUCGCCUCUGGAAGAAGUUUUUCUUGUACCGGAGGCGACGGGGCAGCUGAGUGAGAUAGUGGAGCUGCCGAGAUUGGGAUCGAGUUAUGAAUUGGUUGAGUCAACUCACAGUUUAUUCGAAUCAGAUGAAUGGUGGGAUAAUAAUUAUGGAAAUUGUGAAUAUUAUUUUGGUCAAGAAAAUUAUAUUAGUAAUAUGGAAUUUACAGGAUUAGAAAAUGUGGUCUCAACCAGUUUUGAGAGUUUUUUAUGGCAACAUUAGAAUAAAAAAAAUAAUGUUGUUUUUUUUAGUUUUUUCUUCUUUGUAAUUUAGGUGGAAACUAUUGAUGAACUUUAUACGUUUCUUGCA